AUGGGAAAGAGGUCUCAAAAACGUCCUAAGAGGAAUAAGAGGGAUCAUUCGGGAUGCAUGUGGGGCUUGAUUAGUAUAUUUGAUUUCCGCCAUGGUCGCCCGGCUCAGAAGUUGAUUACGGAUGCUCGGUACAGCAGCAAGCAUGCUGUUGGCGAGAAAAGUGAGAACUGUAUUGUGCAUUCGAAGAAUAAGUUUGAGAUGUUAAGCAAUUUGGAUGAAGAUUGUGAGAGCGACUUUGAUGGUAGAGAGAGCAAGAGAACAACGGUUACAACUGAUGCUGUUAAGCCUUGCGUGAAGAAACUCAUAGAAGAAGAGAUGUUGAUUAACCAGGAUAUGAAGAAGAAUAUACGUAGUGUUGAAGCAGAAUCAAAAGAAUCCAGAUUAAGGCUUCCAAGUCCCCUGAAGACAGAUUCCAAGAGAAAAAAGAAAUCUCGCAAGAAAAGCCAUGAUAUGGAUGCAGAGAGUUUGAAGUCUGAUGCAGCUUUUGAAUCAGAGCUCUCACAUAAUCAGCAUUCAAGGCAUCAGUCCAAAAGUAGUCUUGAUUUGGACAAUAUAAUGGAUGGUUUUUCUCGUUUUAAAGAUGCUUGUUCUGUGGUGGGUGACCAUGAUGGCGAAGUUCUUGCUCAACCGAAUGAGAAUGUUACGGCCGAAAACAAUGCCAAAGACGCAAUCUAUGAUUUUGUUAACCGGAUCAUAUAUGAUGAAAAAAAUCUGCCAGAAGAUGAAAAACUCGUUUGCUCACAGGAACUCAUGCAAGAAACAUGUUCAAGAGCUGGGGAAUGCUCAGGGGACAGAUUUCAAAGAAUACAACCCAUUACUGGCUUCAACAUGUCCAAACAAGAACCUAGCAAUCAGAGACAAACCACAGAGAUUGUCAACAACAAGCAGCGUAACGUUUUUUGGAAAAAGGUAAUGCCUCAAGAAAAAAGCCCAGCAAAAGGAAAUGACAACACUGGGUCUUCCAAGAGAAUUGUUAUCUUCAAACCCAGUCACAUGGACCUGCCAUAUUCAGAAACUGACAACAGUCUUGCCUCAUCCUUAGAUUCUCAUGAUAUAAACGAUCCCAAAGGUCACCAUGUUAGAGUUAGUUCACAUUUUUCUCUCGCAGAGAUAAAAAGGAAAUUGAAACAUGCUAUGGGAAAGGAGAGGCAUGGAUACCCUAGAGGGAUCUCCCAAAAACACUCUAUUGAGUGUCAAAAUAUGGAACAAGGCAGCAAAGUCUUUGGAAAAGACAACAAUGGAAUGAAAUCUCCCAAUAAGGACCAUUUCUUCAUUGAGAAAAUAGCAAGACCCACAUCUGAUGCUAAGAAAGGAGACAAGGCUGGUAAAUUGAGAGACACUGAGGUGACCACGGAACUGAAAAAUGACAGGUGUCUCAAGCAAAAGGAUUCCAACUUGUACACUGAGGCCAAGAAACAUCUGCAUGAGAUUCUGGGUAACGGAGAUGAAAACAUGGAUUUUUCAAGUCGGCAGAUCCCAGAAACCCUGGGGAGAAUUCUAGCUCUUCCUGAGUACAACCUUUCUCCCAUUGGAAGCCCUGGAAGGGAGCAUGAACAUCGCUUUGUGACUGCACAGACAAGAUUUUCUACUACGGAAAACAUUCAGGAGGCUAAUGAGGAUCUUCAUGCCGUUGCUCUUGGUCAUCCAGAUCAAGCAACAAACAAUCCAGAGAAGCCGUCGUGCAUUAUGAAUCUAAAUCCCCCAGCUAUUCUUACUCAUGAUGAUAAAGUGGAAGGAACCUGUUGUCAUCCUGUUAGGAAUGAGAUAGUUCCUGAAGAUUUAAUAACAAGAAAGGACCAAAAAUGUGACUCUGAGAUUUCUCAUGGCUCAAGACCUUCUCUAUGUUUGAAUCAGGAAAUCUCAGAAGAAAAUCAACAGCUAUUUUCUUCUCCAUCAUCAUCUCCUUCUCACUCUUCAAUCACAAGGAAAGUUGCAGGGAUGGAAAGUGGUUCAGAUGAAUCUGAGCGACCGAGCCCUGUGUCCGUUCUUGAGACACCAUUUGAUAUCAGCCCUGGGAAUACCAUAUCUGAACCUGAUAAAGUACCAGUGCAGCCCUUACAUAUUCAGUUUGAAGAUCAUAACUCUUCACCUUUGGAUCAAAUUGAAGGAGGAAAACUUUGUACUGAAGAAAGCAAGUUGGUAUUUGACUACGUUGAAGCAGUUCUGCACUCCUCUGGCUUAAAUAUAGAUCAACUGAGAAUCAAGGACCUUUCCUCAAACCAAAUACUGGAUCAAUCCUUGUUUGAUGAGGCAGGGUUUUUCCCUAAACACAUUUGUCAUGAUCAGAAACUCCUAUUUGAUUGCAUCAAUGAAGUGCUUGUGGAUGUUUGUCGGCAUUACUUUGGGAUACUCCCUUGGGCGUCAUUCCUGAAACCUAGCAUGAGGCCAAAACCAGAUAUGAAGAAGGUUGUUCUUAUGGUCUGGCAAAGAGUGUGCUGGCAUCUCCUUCCCUUUCCUCGGCCACAUACUUUGGAUCAGAUCGUUCAAAAAGACGUGGCAAGAAGUGAAACAUGGAUGGACCUUCGGGGUGAUGCUGCAACAGUUAUUAUUGAGAUGGGUGAUGCUAUUUUUGCAGAACUGAUGGAAGACACUGUAUUCAGUUGUGUAAGUGAAAGCCUAGAAAGUGAAUCCUCUCAACUUCAAUCUAAAUUGCAGGAAGAUUAAAUCCGCAUCAACAUGUAGAGGAUAAUCGAUCACCACUUGUUCAUCCCAACAGAUAAAUUCCCUGGUGAAGGUAAAGGAACGUAGGGAAGUUAUACAUUAUGCUUCAAGGGAAAGAAUUUGAUAAGACUGCUAGAGAAUUUUGGAGAUUCCUAAGCAGUGUUUCUCUUGGCCAUGUCUGACUUCUCUGAUUAGUGGUUAGAAUAGUGCGAAGGUGGAUAUUCAAAUAAGCAAACAGAAUUUUAGUUGGGAAUGCUUGAAAAAAAUACAGAAUAACACUUUUAUACUUCUGUCCAUUGUGCUUCACUUAAUCUAGCGUGAGUCGAAUUGCUGGUGAAAUUGUAGAUUUUGUAGAGUUUCAUAUGUUGAUAACAUGAUUUUGCAUUUCUUAAAAUUGGUGGGAAUCCUCUUUGCACU